CUCUUAUGUUGAUUAAACCCCGAGUUACACAUUACCCUACACUCUCCAAUCCCCCCAUCUCAAUCCCACAAUGUCCGAACCAGACGACACCAUCCAAAUCCUCCGCACCAACCUCCGCAACGCCGCCUCGACCUUUGGCGAGUCCAGCGCGCAAUACAUCGCCCUGAAAGAGAUGGUCGACGCGUCAAUCGCUCGGCUCCUUGGGAAAGGGCAACCGCAGGAACAUGAUGGGACCGCGCAACCGCGCACGUUUCAGCUGGCGUUUCGAUCAAGGUGACUGGAUUUCCCCUCCCCCAGAAAAAUUAUAUCGACUCUAAUUCCUUCGUUGUUCAUGGCGUAGACCGACCUGAAGCCGUUUUUAUCUCUUCCGGGAAUCCUCAAUGGCCCAACAGUUCAGGAUUCAACAACCAAGCGAAAACAGUCCAUCAUAUCUCGAGA